ACCGCGCACGUCAACCCCUUCCUUCCAUGGCCGACUACAACCGCUACGACCACGGCCAUGGCCAAGGAUAUGGCCAGGGCUAUGGUUACCCGCCAUCCGCACCUCCAGCGCGUGUGCACGCGCCCUCCUCGUCGUCGCCGUACAGCUACGGCUACGGGCAAGGAGGAGGCUACCCGCCGCCCCCGAUGGGGAGUUUCGGGGGAGGAGCCGUGGCGUUCCCGCCGGGGACGCACCCGGACGUGGAGCGCGCGUUCCGGGCCGCCGACCGCGACGGCAGCGGCAGGAUCGACGAGCGCGAGCUGCAGGACGCGCUCUCCGACGCCUACCACCGCUUCAGCAUCCGCACCGUCCGCCUCCUCAUGUCCUUCUCCCAAAACACUCGUGCCUCCUCGCCGCCCCAGAUGGGGCCAGCGGACUUCGUCUCGCUGUGGAACUGCCUUGGACAAUGGCGGGGCAUUUUCGACAGGUACGAUAGGGACCGUAGCGGAAGAAUCGACUCCAAUGAGUUGAAUCAAGCUCUUCGUGGUCUCGGAUACGCAGUCCCACCUUCGGUCAUUGAAGCCCUUAUAGCGAACUAUAACGAUGGUGCGCCCCGACGCGGUGCGCUUGACUUUGACAACUUUGUAGAGUGUGGAAUGAUUGUCAAGGGUCUGACUGAUAAAUUCAAGGAGAAGGAUACGCGCUACACUGGCUCGGCGGCUCUUACGUAUGACAGCUUCUUGUCGAUUAUCAUCCCCUUCAUUGUCCCUUAGCAUCUACUUGUGUCUGUCAGACGAAGCGAAGCUGUAGAUUUUGAGCGUUUGUAAAUGAAACAAGAGCGAAGCUGUACAUUUUGAGUGUUUGUAAAUGAAACAAGAACGAAGCUGUAGAUUUUGAGUGUUUGUAAAUGAAACAAGCCUGUGGGUUGUCCAUAUGUGUGUGACAUUUGGCUUUCAACUUGCA